UAGAAAUCCAGAGAACCCAAAAACCCUAGAAACUGAAAAAACCCAAACAGGCAAAAUGGGCAUCAAAGAUCUCCUCAGAUUCAUCAAACCUUACAUUCAAAUCAUUCAUAUCAGGAAAUACGCCGGCAAACGUGUGGGUAUUGAUGCCUAUUCAUGGCUUCACAAAGGAGCGUAUUCAUGUAGUUUGGAGCUGUGUAUGAAUUCGAAUAGCGAAAGGAAGCUGAAGUACAUUGACUAUUUUAUGCACCGGAUACAUAUGCUUCAGCACCAUGAGAUAACCCCAGUGGUGGUUUUUGAUGGUGGCAAUGUACCAUGUAAGGCUGCCACUGGGGAUGAACGCCACAGGAGAAGGCAGAAAUUUCAUGAUUUGGCAAUGGAAAAAGUUGAUGAAGGAAAUGUUAGAGCCGCCACCGAGCUCUUUCAGAGGGCAGUGAGUGUAACUCCAUCUAUGGCACAUGAGCUUAUAAAGGUUUUGAGAGCAGAGAACAUUGAAUUUGUUGUAGCUCCAUAUGAGGCUGAUGCACAGCUAGCAUACCUGGCCAGUCUUGAAGCAGAUAAGGGCGGAAUCGCGGCAGUCAUCACUGAAGAUAGUGAUCUAGUGGCAUAUGGCUGCCAAGCUAUAAUCUUUAAGAUGGACCAAUUUGGCAAUGGUGAUGAGUUACUGCUGGACAAUAUUCUUAAACAAGUGGACCGUACUCCUUCCUUCCAAAAUUUUGACCUUGAAUUAUUUACAGGUAUGUGUGUCUUGGCUGGCUGUGAUUUCCUUCCAUCUGUUCCUGGAAUUGGGAUUGGUAAAGCUUAUGCCUUGGUUUCUAAGUAUCAAAACUUAGAUCGCGCUUUAUCAGUUUUGAAAUUACAGAAGGGCAAUCAAAUGCCUGAAGAUUACCCCAAAUCUUUCAGAGAAGCAGCUGCAGUUUUCCAGCAUGCUCAAGUAUACGACUCUGACAAGAAAAUUGUCAAGCAUCUGAGACCCAUACCACACGAACUUGUGGAGUCCCUUGAUGGAGAACUUGAUUUCCUUGGACCAGAUAUCCCUUCAUCAAUAGCCAUUGCAAUUGCUGAAGGAAAACUGGACCCCAUAAGUAUGGAGGCCUUUGAUCAUUUCCCCAGUUCAAGUUCUAAACAUCGUUCAGCUCCCAUUAAGAGUCAAAUUACUCACCACUUUCAAAGAUCUGAGACUGCUAUUGUAUCUGCACAAGUCAGUAGCUUUGUGGCCUUCUCUUCCAAUAAAAUCAGAAAACAAGAUAGUACCAUGUCUACAGAAAAUCAGAAUCCAGUUUCUGAUGAAAAGAAAUAUUUGAAGGAAGCUACAGCACUUGGAAAGCUAAUUGUUCCUUCUACAAAGAAUGAAAUGGUGGAAAGUACCACAGUGCCCAUCAAUGUCCCGUUGAAGGUUCGUGCCAGCAAUCCUUUCAAGAAAAUGAAACAGGAAACCAAAUCAGAUCAAAUAGGUAGCAACACUAAGCAAGUUUCAAUUGCUAGUGAGGUAGAAAUAUUGGAUAACUUGUGUGCCUCUACCAGUAACAUAUCAUCAAUAGUUCUUGUUGAUAGCCCUAGAAAAAGAAAAAACGAUAUUCACUUAGAUGACAUAGAGAGCGAUAGUAGUCAGGAACAAGUUUCUGUGGUGACAAGUACACAGUUAGAAACUUCAGGCGUUGUGACUUCUGAAUCGCAGGAGAGUGUAAAUUCAAAGCUAUCCAAGCAAAAGAGGAUGGUGAAAAAUGACAAGUUGAAGAGUAACAGCUGUUCAACAAAUAAAAAAGGCAGUAUCUUGAAUUUCUUUUCACCUGUAUGAUUUAUACGUUUUUGAAAAAUUUAUAUUUGAGUUCUCUUAAUUUCUUUUCUGAGACUUCUAGCUAC